GUCUAUCUUUAAUAUAAAGAUGUCUUUUUUCUGAACCUAUUGUAUUCUUUUUUUUUUUUUUUGAACUUUAGUGGGUUAUCAUGUUUUAUUAUUUACCUGGCAUGUAAGUUAUAAAAAACCCAAUAAGCACUUGACUAUAUGCUGUCAAGUAUUGAAUGCUGAUUUUUAAAAAUUUUAUAAUUCUAUUCCCUUUUACAAAAUUAACUCUCCUGAAGGAGAGCUUUUAUAUUUGUCUCUCAUCUGUAUUGGACACCACCACCAAGAACGUAAUUAUCCAGUUAUCACUUAACUUAGAUCAGAUUCCUGAUCAUUGUCACAACUAUUGAAUCUUGUUCCCUUUCUUCCACACUAGCAUAAUUUUACCCCUUGACCAGUGACAGAAGCGGCCUAGGCUAUUGGUUGAGCCUAAAUAUGUGUGCUAUUUCAGGUGACAUUUAGUGAUGUGGCUAUAGAUUUCUCUCAUGAAGAGUGGGGAUGGCUGGAUUCUGCUCAGAGGGAUUUAUACAAGGAUGUGAUGGUCCAGAAUUAUGAGAACCUGGUAUCUCUAGCAGGUCUUUCCAUACCUAAGCCAUAUGUGAUUGCUUUAUUGGAGGAAGGCAAAGAUCCUUGGAUGGUGGAGAGAAAACUGUCAACAGGUAUGUUUCCAGAUUGGGAAUCGAGAUGGGAAAACAAAGAAUUAUCAAUGAAGGAGGAUAUUUGUGAUGAAGAUUCACCCCAAACGGUAAUAAUGGAAAAAAUUAUAAAACAAAGUCAUGAAUUUUCAAAUUUUAACAAGGACUUGGAUUAUAUAGAGAAGUUGGAGGGCAAGUGUGAAAACCAGGUAGAACAUUUCAGACCAGUGACCCUCACCUUUAGAGAAAGUCCCACUGGGGAAAAUGUUUACAAAUGCAGUACACUUAGAAGCAUCUUCCAUUUAAAGUCUGUUCUUUCUGAACCACAGAGAAUUUCUGCUGAAGGAAAGUCACAUAAACAUGAUGUAUUUCAGAAGAACAUACCAACAAAUUCAGUUUUAAACAACGAGAAUGUCAAUGGUGGAAAGAAACUUUUGAAUUCUAAUGAAAGUAUGACAGCCUUCAGCCAAAGCAAAUCUCUUGCCCUUCACCAGACUUAUAACAGAGAGAAAAUCUAUACAUGUAGUGAAUGUGGGAAAUCCUUUGGUAAACAGUCAAUCCUUAAUCGCCAUUGGAGAAUUCAUACAGGAGAAAAACCGUACGAAUGUCAUGAAUGUGGGAAGACUUUUAGCCAUGGCUCAUCCCUUACUCGACAUCAAAUAAGCCACAGUGGAGAGAAACCUUACAAGUGUAUUGAAUGUGGGAAGGCCUUUAGUCAUGUUUCAUCACUUACUAAUCAUCAAAGCACUCACACUGGAGAGAAACCAUAUGAAUGUAUGAACUGUGGAAAGGCUUUUAGUCGUGUUUCACAUCUUAUUGAACAUCUGAGAAUUCAUACUCAAGAAAAACUCUAUGAAUGUCGAAUAUGUGGGAAGGCCUUCAUUCACAGGUCAUCUCUCAUUCACCAUCAGAAAAUUCAUACUGGAGAGAAACCUUAUGAAUGUAGUGAAUGUGGAAAAGCCUUUUGCUGUAGCUCACACCUUACUCGACAUCAAAGAAUUCAUGCUAUAGAGAAACAAUUUGAAUGCAACAAAUGUCUGAAAGUCUUUAGCAGCCUCUCAUUUCUUAUUCAGCAUCAGAGUAUUCAUUCUGAAGAAAAACCCUUUGAAUGUCAAAAAUGCAGGAAAUCCUUCAACCAGCCUGAGUCACUGAAUAUGCAUCUGAGAAAUCACACUAGAUUGAAACCUUAUGAAUGCAGUAUAUGUGGGAAAGCCUUCAGUCAUAGGUCAUCCCUGCUUCAACAUCACAGAAUUCAUACUGGAGAGAAACCUUACGAAUGUAUUAAAUGUGGGAAGACGUUCAGCUGUAGUUCAAACCUUACUGUGCAUCAGAGAAUUCAUACUGGAGAAAAGCCAUAUAAAUGUAAUGAAUGUGGGAAAGCUUUUAGCAAAGGCUCAAAUCUUACUGCCCAUCAGAGAGUACAUAACGGAGAAAAACCCGGUAGUACAGUAAGUGUGGAAAAGCCUUUAAGCCACAUGAAUCACUAUUCAUGUGAAAGAUCGUAUAAGAGAGAAACUGUAUAAACAAGGUAUUCGUCAUAAUACGCUACUCAUAGAUCCUCCCUGAUUCAACAUCAGAAAAUUUUUACUGGAGAAAGGUCUUAUGAAUGUACUGAAAUGGGGAAAUCUUUAGCAGUGAUACAAGCCUUAUUGUCUGUUACAGUUCACACUAUAGCGAGACUAUAAUAUGAAGGCAAUAUAUGUGGGGAAGCCUUAGCCAGCAUUAAUCUCUUGAUUGACAUAAGUAAAUCCACACUGGAGAAAAACCCUUUACAUGUAAUAAGUAUGGGAAAGACAUUAAGCAAUAUGACUCUCUUAAAAAGCAUUAAACACAUACAGGGUAGAUGCAACAUGAAUAUAAAAAUUGUGGGAAAUCCCUCAGUUAAAACGCAUCUCUCAUUCUACAUCAGAGAACUCACACUGGAGAGAAAAAUGUAAGAAAUGUAGCCAAGUGUUCACUAAGUGUUCUUAGCUUGCUAGACAUCAGAAGAUUAAUGCUAGAAUCACCUGAAACAUGUAGGAAUUACGUGUAAGUGUUCCUUUGCAAUGAUGCUAAUUUGUAAACAAUUCUACAGGAAAACCAAUAAGCAUAUUAUAAGUGAAUAUGCAUAUCUUAUAGUAGCAGCAUGCAUUUUACUCGAGUCCUACAUAGAAAUUAUCUUUAGCUAAUGGGCAUGUGAAGAUACUUGUCACCCAGUGAGUCCAGCAAAUGUUAUAAAGUUGAAAAUUAAAGUUGCAGUAGAAGUAAAAAGUGGCGUGCAUAAAAUUUUUGGUCUCUAAUAAAAUCAUUCUGUAUAUAUUGAA